CAUACAUGUUGUGAACACUCUCAAAAGUAAACCUUUUUGAGAAAAAGGUCCACAUUGUCUUUAGCUAUGUUCACGCCUGUUGAUACCGCUCUCGGAGCCUUGCUUCUAUACCAAGGCUCAUCUGGCCUACUCCAACACAAUGGCCGUGUCUUUGGCAUAUCUAGCCUCCUGUCAGGCUGUGUUGGACGCCCUGGAGUGGACAAUAUACCUAUUGUGCUAGGAAUGGCGUCCAGCAUCGUUCCAGUGUCACUGAUCGCUCCCUCCUUUCUUCCGUCUUAUCCGCCUCUCCCAGCGGGACUAGGCGCUGCGCUGGGCAUUGCAGGAACAGGUUUCCUAGUUGGAUGGGGAACGAAGAACGACAACGGCUGCACAUCUGGCCACAUGCUCUGUGGAAUCAGUCGGCUCUCUCCGCGCUCCAUUAUUGCUACUGGCAUAUUCUUUGUCACUGCGCUUAUCACUGCUAACUCGGCAGUCGGGGCACCGAUUCCAGCCUGCCCCGGCGGCCAGCCAUGCUGUACUCCGUCCUACCCAUCCAACCAUGACCUUGGGUUCAUCUCUGCUGCCGUCAUCAUUUCACAGAUCGUCAAUUCCAUCAUCGUUCCACGCUUCCUCCGCCGCGAUGAAAAAUCCGCUGCCAUAUACAGCUAUAUUGCAGGCUUACAGUUUGGUCUUGGUCUCUUGAUCAGCGGCCUAGCCAAUCCAGCCAAGGUCCUUGGGUUCUUUAGCUGGCGUGAUCUCUCGCGCUUCGAUCCCUCUCUCGGGCUCGUGAUGGUUUUCGCCGUUAUCCCAGGUCUCCUGUCAUAUUUUAGAAUGAAGCGUGAAUACGGUAACGAGAAGGGAAAGAAACCACCCACUCUAACUGAAUAUUUCCAACUACCCACCAAGACAGUGAAAGACAUUGACUGGAGAUUUGUCCUCGGCGCAAUGUCUUUUGGCAUCGGGUGGGGAUUGUCUGGUGUGUGCCCGGGACCUGGGCUCUUGAGAUCCUUCUUGCAACCGGCUUUUGGUGCCUUAUGGAUGGGCGGUUUUUGGUUGGGUAGUUUACUGGGCUUGUAACAUCUUGUACCUCC